ACUUUUGUGGGUAUCUUAAAAGUACCAUUUACACCUUGAGUUGGAAUAUGUGGAUGACAAUUGCUUCAAAAUAAUUAAUGUCUUUCUGAAGGCUUGAAUGAAAACUUUUAGUGGAAGAAGGAAGUUGAAAGGUAGAACGGGUUUCAAGAGUCAUAAAAAUUAUAUCGAUUAUACUUUAUUCAAAAACAAACAAAAAACAAUUUAAAAGUUCAGCUGUAAAAUUUUGACCAAUAAGAAAUCGCUUUUAAGAUCUCCUUAAACUGCCUAAUUCAUUGACAAGUUUAUCUCGGAAAGUACCCAAAUAAGACAAGUGAUUUCUUAUCUACUGAUUAUUACUAAUGAUGAUACUGAUAUGAUUAGCUAACAUAAGCUGCAGUAGAUAUAUAUAUAUGAAUUCGCAACUUGUAUAUGCUAGAAGAUAAUUUUUUUUCUUUCCCCUGUUAUUUUGCCAAUUGCAAACCAAAAUGACUGUUACAGAUAAUAUAUUAGACUAUGAUAAAAUUUUAUUGUUUGGUGAUUCCUUAAUGGAGUUUUGCUUUAGACAGUUGCCCAUAUCUCAUGAAUACGCAAUUUUAGAUAACGAAAAUGAUGUUACAAAAAAAAAUAAUCAAUUUACCUUGGGCUCUGGUUUAGUUGAUGUUUACUCAAGAAAAUUGGACAUCAUUCAUCGAGCAUUUGCAGGAUACAAUUCGUUACACUUGAAAAUAAUACUAAAGAAAUUGUUUGAGAAGAAUAAUCUCACCGAGAAUUUGAAAUUAAUGAUCUUAACAGUUGGCACUAAUGAUUCUUCCACCUGUAAAAAUGUUCAAUGUGCGUUGCCUGAUUAUAUUAAAAACAUCAAGGAAAUUAUCAGAAUGGUCAAAGCAAGGGGAAUCAAGCUAGUUGUGUUUGGAUUGCCCAAAUACUAUCCCGAGAUCUUCAAGAAAUACUGUCUAGCUGAUGUGGAAAAUGGCUAUUUUUUGGACAACAGCAUAAUCGAGAGUUAUAACAGUAAUUUAGGACGCAUUUGCAAAAUCCAUGGAAUUCCUUUCUUGGAUUUGAAUGCACUCAUGUCAAGCUAUGAUGAAAACUUGACUAGCGAUGGAAUUCAUUUGUCUGGUUAUUGUCAAUAUCUCGUUUUCAAGGAAUUAUUGAGCAUAAUCAAGAACGAGCUUCCAGAUUUGCAUCCAGAAAAUUUUGCCAAAAAGCUACCCGAAUCGUACUUUGUAACUAUCGAUGAGCUUGAGGAUAUAUAAUUAAGAGAUGUGAUUUAGAGACAUAAAUCAAAGACAUAAAGAUAAGCGUUGAAACCACGCCCACGGGCCGCAAAACACAAUCCGAACUCGGACGGUUGUGAGGUCAUUGUGGUCCGUUGCCUCAAACGAAAUAUAUAAGACUUAACCAAU